AUGGACGCGUCCACUUCCUCUCAUGCGGACGAGAUGCUCGCUCUGACGCUGGGCGACGUCGACGACUCCGAACAGCGUCUACAAUCAAAGGAGCGCAGUUCUGACACGUCCUCAGCUUUCGAUUCCUUCUCCUCCCACGAUCAUAGUGAGCAAACGGGCGCUCUUUCGAUGCCAUUGACGUUGGCAGCGUCCCCCACGCUCUUGCCGCUGCCGUCGUCCCUUUCUUUGACCACGACAACAACCGUGUCCGACAGUCGUACCCCGCUGUUACGGUACAUGUUACUGGACCGUCAGGGCGUGACCGUCAGUGAGCAGUACUUUCAUGCCGAUACCGGUAUCGCCGGGGAGUUUACCGCUGAGAUGCAGAAAGCGACGGACGAAUACCGGUGUUUAACCGAUGCCAUCAACUUAACUGAACCGAGUGAUACCGGCUUACUCACCAGUCGGUAUGUCGCGGCAGCUCAAGUCGAUGUCGUCUCCACUAUUGAAGCAGCUUCGUCGGACUUGUGCAAGAACCGAAAGCGGAAACAAGGAGCAAAUGUCAGCAUCGACUUGCAGACGAAGAUCCGGAUUAUUGAAGUGGCGGAGCAGUACCAAUACGACCCGAGAAGCUCGAGUCGAAGCAAACACCAGGAAACCGGUACGGUAACGGGACACAAUACCGGUAAAGAUGGUGUGAACGGUAUCCGGAUCGCCGAGCAGUUUGGUCUGAACAAGAGCACCGUGAGUCGCAUAUUGAAACGCAAAGAGGAGUUUAAGAAAGCUUAUUACAAAGACAAGAUCUCGGGCUGUUCCAAGCACAUUAACAAAAAGUCGAAAUUUGAUAAACUCAACCGUCUGGUUGAAAACUGGUUUGACGUGAAUCGGGCCAAGAACGCGCCGAUCUCGGACACUUUGAUCCGGGACGUUGGCAAGCGCUUUGCCAAAGAAUUGGGAAUUGAAGACUUUCGUGGGUCAAAUGGAUGGGUACGCAGUCUGCGGAACCGCAAGGAACAUACAGUCCGUAGCAGUGGAAAAAUUGACGAGCAGGAAGCUGAGCAACGGAAAAAAGACUGCGAAGCGAUUGAGCGCAUGCGCACCAUUUUUCCAAAUGGUGUGAAGGACAUGGCUGGCUUUUUCAAGGACUUUUCAACCUACUUGGAAAAAGAUGGCGCUGGUAUGGGCACCUUUGGUUCUUCAGGCAGUACUACUACAAGCAACAGCACAAAUCGCAGUGCACGGGAUGCUGCAGCUGUGAUGACUGGCCCGUCGUAUUCGGACGUGGACGACGUUCAUGAACACGACGACGAUGGUUCGGUUGCUCAAGAGUUCCUCAAGAAGAGAAUGAUCGAGUCUUUACGCGUGUGGUCGCAAGAGCUGAUGACGUCUGAGCUGGCCAAGCUCAAAAAGCGCAUGAAUCCGCGGCAUGCGGCGAUUUUGUAG